GGAGUCGGUGGUUCAAUGGGUCACAAGAGCUGACAAUUAUUUCCCUUUUCACGGGGAAAAAAAAACGAAUCCCUAAUUUCAAAGACAAUUCAAAGGCUUUUUCAACGUGACGGAGCUUAUCAAUCAUCACAAUCGCUGGUAAGCAUUGCUUGGAGCAUAAGGGUGGUAGCUGAACCGGUAUCGACAUUGUCCUUGAGAUUUAUGGUUGAAUGGCUGUUACCUCUGAAGAACUUACUCAGGAGAACCCAACCGACAGAUUUCCUUUGCUCAUGGAGCAAGCAGAAAGUCAUGAGAGGAAUGAACAUGUUAUUGAUGUAGAACAAGGAGGUGGUCCCUCAUCAUCAGGUUCAUCUGAUAAUGGUUCUCCUCGUGGCUUGGAAAUGCCCAACCAUGAAGAUAGACCGCCUGGUCGACAUUCUUCAUCUUCAUCCAAUGAUUCAAUUUCUCAAAGCCCUUCAAUCGCAAGGAGAGGUGAAGGUUCUGAUCGUCGUUGGAGCCCAUUUAAUACCCUGUUGUGGCUUUCCAUUGAGCUAGUAUUCACCUUAGGACAGAUUGUUGCAGCGAUUGUUGUUUUAUCCUUGUCAAGAGGGGAAAACCCAGAAACCCCAUUAUUUGCUUGGGUUGUAGGUUAUGCAACUGGAUGUGCAGCAAGCCUCCCUUUACUGUACUGGCGGUAUCUUCACCGUUACCGAGCCACUGAUCGGAGGUCAGCUCAACUGCGUCAAGGUUCCCCCCAAGUCAAUUCCACUGCAGAGCCAAAUUCUUAUAUUACUAUCUCAUUGACUCGGACCUCAGAUGAGGAAGAUGGUAGAAACACAUCUACAGAAAUUUUGACCAGGCAAAGCAAUGCAAGACUUAGUUCACUGGUAGAUCAUUUCAAGAUGGCCUUGGAUUGCUUCUUUGCAGUGUGGUUUGUUGUUGGCAACGUUUGGAUCUUUGGGGGGCACUCAUCUUCUUCUGACGCUCCCAAUUUGUACAGAUUAUGUAUAGCUUUUCUUACCAUUAGUUGCAUUGGAUACGCUAUGCCUUUCAUCUUGUGUGCAAUGAUAUGUUGCUGCCUGCCUUGUAUAAUUUCAAUCCUUGGUGUCCGUGAGAAUAUGCAUGGAGUGAGAGGAGCCACAGAAGAGUCCAUUAAUGCUCUUCCGACACAUAAGUAUAGGGUCAAGACCAAUGGAACGGGGAGCAAUGGAAACAAAAAUUCAGAAGGGGAGGAAGGUGGUUUUAUAGCCACCGGCACAGAGAAGGAACGUGCUAUCUCGGGAGAAGAUGCAGUAAGUUUAUCCUUCCAUUUAUAGCCUUUGGGAGUCAGAAAUUGAAUUUGUGGAUAAGUCUCACAGAAAGUAGUUUUUGCUUCUUGAUUUGAUGUUGUUUGCAUCUGAAUGAUCUAAAGUAUUUAUAUGGGUACUACAUCAACCAAAUGGUUAUACGCAAAGAGACAACAUUUCUAUUUUUCCAUGACUGCUAUUCAUACGCUCAAUGAGGCAAUAAUA